CCAGGUUCAAAGCACAUCCUGCAUCAUCAGACUCCAGCUGUUAUGCCAAACGCGCAGUUUUUGGUGCUAAACGUGGCGCCCUGGUGACCUUAGUCGGCCGGCAUCUUACAGAGCACCCCUCCUGGUGUUGACACCCCUCGGGGUGCUCUCUGAAGAUGCUGAGGUGCACAAAACGACCCGUCAGGAGACGCAGGGAAGCGCGCCAGUGACGCAAGCGAUGCUGCUGCUGCUGCUGCUGUGAAUGGAAACGAGCAGGGCAUCCUUGUUGUUCCUCUGGCUAACAUUAAGCUACCGUUAGUGAUGACCUACCACGGCUCCUAUUUAAACAUUAAGCAGUUGAUCCGAUGAGCCAGUGACCUGUUGUACGAUGGACAUCGUUUGCAUGUGCUGAGAAUCUCGUUUUAACCAUGGUGCAACCACGUCAGUGAGAAGCCUGCGUCACUGAUGCCAGGUGCAGGCUCUUCCUGAGAGCACUCAGUAUGAGUGGGGCUGGGGAGCAGGCGGACAUCCUGUCAGUGGCAGACGUAGUGAGGGAAAGAUGGAGAGUGGUGAAAAAGAUAGGGGGAGGCGGAUUUGGCGAGAUCUACGAGGUCUUGGAUCAGUUAAGCCAGGUCAAUGUGGCGUUGAAGGUGGAGUCUGCCCAGCAACCCAAACAGGUUCUAAAGAUGGAGGUGGCGGUGCUGAAAAAGCUGCAGGGUAAAGACCACGUGUGCCGUUUUGUGGGAUGUGGCCGAAAUGAUCGCUUCAACUACGUGGUCAUGGAACUCCAGGGGAGGAAUCUGGCCGAUCUGCGCAGAACCAUGACCCAGGGGAUCUUCUCUGUCUCCACCACGCUGAGGCUGGGCAGACAGAUCCUGGCGGCCAUCGAGAGCAUCCACCUGGUGGGCUUCCUGCACCGCGACAUCAAGCCGUCUAACUUUGCAAUGGGGCGGCUGGCCAGCACGUGCCGAUGCUGCUACAUGCUAGACUUUGGCCUGGCUCGGCAGUUCACCAACUCCAACCAAGAAGUCCGCCCCCCUCGUCCUGUGGCAGGGUUCCGCGGUACGGUGCGAUAUGCCUCCGUCAACGCCCAUAAGAACAAGGAAAUGGGUCGUCAUGACGACCUCUGGUCCCUGUUCUACAUGCUGGUGGAGUUCAUGGUGGGCCAGCUGCCCUGGAGAAAGGUCAAAGACAAAGAACAAGUGGGGAACCUCAAAGAGACGUACGACCAUCACCUCAUGCUCAAACACCUCCCCUCAGAGUUCAGUAUCUUCCUGGAGCACGUCUUGACCCUGGACUACUUCACUAAGCCAGACUACCAGCUCCUGAUGUCGGUGUUCGAGAACGCCAUGAAGAGCCACAACGUGCUGGAGAAUGACCCGUACGACUGGGAGAAGGUUGACUCCAACAGCCUGCUGACCACGGCCUCCACGGCCAACACCGUCCAGCUGACCCGCCUCACGCCCGCCUACAUGGGCAUGGCCAACGCGUCCAUGUUGCCGGGCGAGCAUCAGAAGGAGAACACGGAGGACGUCCUGCAGGGCGAGCGGCUCAGCGACGCCGACAACUGCCCCCCCAUCCCCGCGCACCACCCCCCCCAGGGGGGCGACGUCUGGGAGGAGAUGGACCGCAACCGGAACCACAAGCACUCCCAGCCAGCCAUCCGCAAGGUGGUGAGCGAGGACGAGCACAGUCAGAACCAGGGCAACCAGAGCCCCAACACGGGCUCUGUGCAGAGCUCCCCGCGCCGCGUGCGCUCGGAGACCAUGUUCCUGGACCGGGCCGCGCCACUGCUGCGGAGGAUGAGGCACAGCCAGAGCCUGGCCUUCGAGAAGAGGCUGGCCCCGGAGCCCAAGCCCACCAUCGAGCGCUUCCUCGAGGCCUAUCUGGGUAAAGCGCGGCCGGUCCUGUCCCAGCUCGGGGAGAGGUCGGGCCCCGCCGAGGGGCCGGCCGAUCGCACGGGGCCCUGCGACGAGGAGCACACGGGUGCGGCCACGCCGGACCCGGACGAGGGCGCGGCCAGCGGGGGGUUCGUGGCCGUCAGCCCAAUACCCCCCCCGCAGUCCGGCUCCCAGGAGUGGGUGAUGCUGGAGAUGGAGUCCGGCAGCGGCUCCGCCUCGGCGGGGGCCAAGCCUGCGUUGGAGCCCCUCCCCCUCGGGGACAAGACCCCUGCCUCGCCAUCGGCGGACCCUGGCGACGGACCGCCCCCCUCGGCCCCCAGCAGCCCCGUCCUGUCGCACAUGAGCAUGCCUGGCUCGUGGCUGAUGGGCCACCGGAGGCUGGCGGGCAUGACCGGCAUGCUGGUGCAAAUCCCCUCCGUCAUGAAUAUGGGCCGGUCGCUGGACCAGUCCUCCAGCUGUGGGCCACAGUCUCCCGCGCAGGACCGAAGCGACGCCAUCCCCCUGGAGGCCCCCUCUAGCAAGCUGGACGAGCCCUCAGAGGAGGUCCUCAAGGACCGAGAGCGGCUGGCUCCGGCGGCCAAGGGCCCCUGCGCCCAGCUGACCAACGAGCGCGACCCGGAGAGCGACUCGGGCCUGCCCGACCGCUCCUCGGAGCCCAACCAGCAGCCCCAGGCGGACGCGGGCGGCUGCGGGGCGCUGGAGAGCACCGCCGUCACGGUGUCGGCGUCCCCGCCGCCGCCGGCGCGCCCCCGGAGGGACUCGUCCUCCACCUCGCCGCGGCAGAGCCGGAUCCCCGUGCGGGACCCCGCCUCCCCCACCCUGGACUCCCCCGGCCGAGCGGGGCCCCCCCCCACGGCGGCGGCCGAGCUGCGGCGCUGCCACCGCUGGAGCAGCCCCGUGCACGGCUCGCCCACGCACUCGCCCUCGCCGUCGCUGUCCUGCGACAACCUGCCCGGCGCCCUGCCGCGGGACCGGCCGCCGUCGGAGCGGGGCUCGCGCUGCGACUGGCAGGGGGAGGACCCCCUGUCGCUGUCGUCGUCCUCGGGCAGCAGGAGCAAGAUCCCGCGGCCCGUGAGCACCUCGGUGCUGCCCGACCAGCUGGCCAAGGGCUUCCUGCCACGGCCGCCGCCGGGGAAGCCGCCGGCCCGGCCCUCGGUCGACAGCAGGUAUGAGCUGAAUAGGUACGGGUAUCGCUUUUCUUCGUCUCCUUCGUCUCCUUGCCAUGAUUUAAGGCCGUGGUGGGAGCGGCUUUGUUCAGUGCGUUGUGCCCCGAUGCUCCCCAGACGCAGGCGGUUCCGUGUGCGGGCCAGCAGCACCAGCGACGCCGACUUCCUGGCCAGCCUGACCCAGCUCAUGCAGGACCGCGGCGGGGUGCUCUUCAGCCCGCCGCCGUACCCCCGCAACGCCGCCACCCUGCAGCGCUCCCUCAGCUCCUCCCCUUCUCGCCUGGACCCCCGGGACGGGAGCCCCUUCCUGGCCCGCAGCCGGUCCCCGUCGGGGUUCCCCGGGUCGCCCCCUCCCGCUGCGCAGCCCGCCCACGCGCAGGCUCACCGGGCGGCGGGCCAGUGCUCCAGGCAACGGGCCCUGAGCCACGAGGGUAAGGGCUGCGCCAAGGCAAGCCGGUGACUCCGCGCUCAAUGGGACGCCGCAGUCUCCUUGGCGUGCGGAAACUUUAACUUUUUCGAAAAAGCAUGUGUAAAUAUGGUAUUAACCCAAGGGAAUGUACUGUAUGUAUUGUAAAAUUGUAUGAUAAAAUUUAUUUAUUUAUUUAUUCAUCCAUCCGUUGGACGUGUCUUUCGAAGUAUACUUGACAUUGUGGCUCGAUACUUGCAAGUGAAACUGAAAUGUUUGAGAACCAUGAGAUUGCCAACUUUUACCUCCCCCCCCCCCCCCCCCCUCCUUAAAACUCCAUAUAGGCCUAUUAUGAGGCCAAAAGAUAUGUACUGUAAUACUCGAAGGGAUGUGUAAAAAAAAAAUGCUGAUUUAGAUUUAAUCUUAGGAGAAAAUAA